UAUGCGCCGAGGAUGAGCCUGCGCCAAUGCUCCAAUGCUGUUGUGAAACGCAUUUGAACUCGCGAGUCGCGACUGGGAUGCAUGUAAACACAAACAGAAGUCGCAAUCUUUUCUGAGAAUUCUCAGGAUUCCUGUCCUUCUGGACCAAUUUAGAGGUUGUCAUGUGUCGUUUAAAGCGAAUAUGACUGUUUUCAAGAUAAAGUAACCACCUCAGUUUUACGUAAACGAUGGACAAGUUGGACAUGUGGAAAUCUUACAUCGUAAGAUUCUUUCGACGGAAACUAGUUCUGGGCGUGAUUUUCGGGCUGUCCCUAACCUACUGCAUUUUUAGCUUUGUAAGCCAGGGCAGCAGUCUGGUAGAGGACUACGAUGCUGUGGUCAAAACUAGAAGCCAGCCCUUCGUCUGGCACUCUUCAGGGGGGGAAGAGGUGAACUCGACGAGCUUAAAAGUUACUACCUGCAGGAACUCCGUUCAAGGAAAAGUCUUGAUAGUAGAUGAUCGAGGAUAUAUCUGCCUUAGAGAAAACGUUUUACUCUCUGGUUGCUGUGAUACAAAUCUUGAAACAACAAAACGAUAUUCGUGUGAAACGUGCAAAGAAAACCACUGCUGCAGCAUAUAUGAGCAUUGCAUUUCGUGCUGCUUACACCCAGAUAAAAAAAAUGUUCUUCAGUUGGUGUUGGGCAAAGCGUCUGAGACUAUGAAUGUGCUUUUCGCUUCAGUGACGGACCACUUUGAGUUGUGUCUGGCCAAGUGCAGGACCAGUUCGCAGAGUGUGCAACACGAGAACUCUUAUCGAGACCCUCGGGCCAAGCACUGCUACGGAGACAUGCCUCCGGCAGCAGAGCCGCCCGGUGCUAACGCUUCGUGAAGUCAUCAUCUUUUUAAAAUUUUGUAGAAAUAACAUUACUCCUCAUUUCAAGUCAAUAAAAUGAAUUCAUGGAAAA